AUGCACGCUACUAUAUGCCAGUUACGUCAGAGGUUUUGGAUCCCCAAUAUACGCCAGGCUGUGAAGUCAUUACUCAGAACAUGUGUUGCCUGCCGUAAAGUCAGUUCCAAGCCUUACCUUACACCGGAUCCACCACCGUUACCGAAGUGCCGGGCCGACGAUUCGCCACCAUUUUCAGUCACCGGGGUCAAUUACAGUGAAGCACUUCACGUCCGCACGGGGUCAAGCAAAGAGACCAAGGCUUACAUAUGUCUUUUUACUUGUGCGUCCACACGGGCGGUCCAUCUUGAACUUGUACACAAUUUGACACUUGAAUCAUUUCUGCAAGCCUUCCGACGAUUUACAAGCAGAAGAUCCCUAACCUACAUCACGUCCGACACGUUAGAACCCGAGCCACUAACACCAGCUCAUUUAUUCCAUGGUCAACGAGUCACAACGCUACCGUACAAAGAUGUUCAAAACGAGGCCGUAAACAAUCACAACCAACAAAACAUGUUGAAACGGGUUCGAAUCCAGCAGGAGCUACUCCAGAGGUUUUGGUCGAGAUGGAGAAACGACUAUCUGACGUCAUUACGAGAACGACACGCAAACCGGCAGCAAUCAGCAGACGAUACGAGCAGGCGACAUUGUGCAGGUGCACGAUGA